ACUCAAAUAUAACAAGUUGAAGGUAAUAAACACAAGAAAGUAUGGCCUUUAACAAAGUUGCCCUCCUCAUUUUGUUUGCCAUUUUUGCUGGAACUAUUUUACUUUUAAGCCAAGUGGAUGCAGCGCCUGCUUGUCCACGUAACUGUAAUCCAAUUAUUCAGUAUGGGAGAUGCCCAAAAUCUGGAAAUAAGAAGUUUAAAGUUGGAUGCACCAAUUGUUGCUCAGGCAAAAAGGGUUGCAACUAUUUCAGUACCGAUGGAACUUUUGUUUGUGAAGGAGAAUCUAAAGUCAAAAGCUCUUAAUAUAUAGUAGCUGUUUUUCUGUAUUUGUACUUUUCUAUGUUUAAAAUAAUCAUCUCAUGUACGAGUGUCAAGUGUGUGAUGUGGCAGUGGAUGUAUACAAUUUUCAACUGUUUGUGCUAGGUUUUCAAGAGCCUAAUCAAUGGUGUG